AGAAGAGAGGGCCUUUACUCCCGGUAAAUUCAAACCCGGAUGAGCGAGCUCUGUUGUUAUGAAGUUUAACGUGUAAUCAUCAACUAAUUAUACGACAUAGUAUUUCAAAACGAUAAAUUUGGUACAGCGUGGAACAAAUUAAACUAUGGAGCAAGGAGAGGUCGUAUCGAGAAAAGAGCUACGUAAGCAGAAGUUAAUGGAGUAUUUGGCAACAAAGGGAAAACAGAAACUGCCCAACCCAAACUCGACCCGUUUUGACUGUCCAGUCAAAAAACCUUUGGCUGCACUAAAGGCUGUUUUGGGAAAAGAGAAUAAGGUUCCUGCUCAAAAAGUUGGAUAUGAGGCCUCAAAGGUCAAGCCGCUGCCUGUUCACUGCACAAAAAUUCCGACCAGAGGAGUGCUCAGUGAUCUAAACAAAGGGAAUGCAACAAGGGGUUUCCAUGAUAAGCAGAGUAAUGAAAGACAGAUUUCUGUUCUUAGAAGCACCUACACAGUAAUUUCCUCCAAACCUAAUCCAAAUGCACCCAGGAAUACAGAAAAGCCAUUUUCAGCCAAAGUGUCUUCAAAUGUAGGCCGUACAACUGUAUCAGCAUCACACAGCAGAUUUACCAGUAGGUCAAAUGUGGCCCUGUCAGGCCCAGUAAAUGUCAGGGUGAGUCUUGGACCGCUUGUCAAAACAAAAACAGGACUGAUUCCAGCAGUUACCCAGCCAAGAACCACGCAUUCACACUUAAUUCGCACUUCUGAAACAGCUCCUGGUAAUAUUCUCACCACCAAUUCUAAGAAGGCAGCAUGCCGCCCCUUAUCCUCAGUUUCCCAGAGAACCUCCACUGCACAAAAGAAAGUUAUUUCUACCACUGCCGCCACCAACCCUGUCCAUGUGAAAUCAACUCUUUCCAUGUCUGCAAGAUUUAGAAAAAAUGAAGUUCUGAUCAAGUCAAACCUGAAGCCACCUUUGGUUAAACAUUCUCAGCCAUCUUGUAAGAGUCAAAUAGGAGAGCUGAAAUCGGCACCUCUGUCCUCCCGACGUGAAGCAGCAACUGUUAAGCCACAGUGGAAAGCAGGAAUGUCCACAACCAGUCAGUCAGCCUGUGAAAACACAGGCAGGUCCAUAAAGAAGAAAUACGAAGAUAAAGGGAAGAAAAACAACAGAAUAUCCAAAGUGACUUCCCAAGCGUCUUUGGAACCAUUAACAAGGUCCUCUUCCAGCUCAGUCAGGGGGACUUCUGUGGCUGGGAUGGCUGCUAAAACCAUGAAAUGUAGAGAGACUCAAAGUAAAAGUGGACGUAGUUCUGCACAUGUGCUUUCCCAACAAAUGGGUAAAAAUCGGGACGUUCAAGUGAUGUCAAAGACGGUUCCACAGCCAGCCAGGACCGUUAGCCUUACAGGAAAGCUCACAGAGCUAAAGACACCAAAGGUCCCAGUCAGGGCUGCGCCACAGACUGAACGAAAGAAACUGUCUGCUGCUCAGGAGGAGAGAAUAAAAAAACUACAAGAAUGGCGAGAAGCCAAGGGCAUUUCCUACAAACGUCCCCCAAUGCCAGUGAAAGCUCAGGUCCGGCGCACUGUGGCAGUGCCCCAGCCUUUCUGGACCGCCAUGAAGGAGGAAGAUGAGGCCCACUCUCUCAUACAGGCUGUGGACAGGGCCCUGGCUGACUGCAUUAAAUUGCUUGAAGAGGGUUGUCCUCUGGAGCAGGUAAAGAGGGUUCUCACUCGGCUGCCAGCAAUCUCUCAGAAAUUUGCCAAAUACUGGAUCUGUCAGGCUCGUCUCAUGGAGCAGGAGGGCAACCUUGAUGUCUUGCCCAUGUUUAAAGAGGCCGUUCUUGUUGUGUUGGAGCCAGUAGAUGAGCUGCGGACUGUGGUCUUUGAGAUUCUGAAGAAAAAGGAUGAGACUCAAGCAUCUGAACAAAUAAAGAAAGAUCAGGAUCAAAUGCCAUCUUAUGAGAACCCUGAUGAGAGCAGCAACAACCUGGCGAGCACGCCUGAACCCGUCCGAGCUCUUAUCAAUGGGGAGAAAGGAGACUCCUCUGUCGUCAAGUUCAAGAUCACAGCAACUCCUGGUGGUCCAGUGAACCGACCAAGGGAACCAGUUCGAGUCAAUGGGCAGGAGGUUCGCUUCUUCACACCCGUCAGGCGCUCGGUGCGGAUCGAGAGAGCGUCUUCGCGAUACCCUGCGUCCCUCCAGGACCAUGAUCUUUGUGUGGCCUCCUACAACGACUUGCUCUCUAAGGAGGAGGAGGAGAACCGUGAGAAGCAGGGUGGUGGGAAAACCAGCCCGUCUGCUGAUGGCGCACCCAUGUACAUUUACAGACAGAAUGAAGCACUGGAAGACAAAGUGUCUGUCCAGCUGGUCUACGAUGAAGUGGUCUAGUGCCCAAGGGCUUCACCUACUGUGAUGUAAAAAGCAAUAAUCGUCAUCAUAAGCACAGUCACCAUUUACAGAACAGUGUGUGGGGGGGUGGGAUGUUCAUACAUGAUUUACUCCACGUGAACCUGGAACUUACAUUUUAGCCACUGAGCAUUUUUAAACGUGUGUAUUUCUCAAUUGCUUGUGAAACACAUAUUUUGAUUUUGUGGGUACCUACAUUAUCUCAAGGUUUCGUAUAUUGUGUAUAUAGUAAUUUAAUAAAAGAAUUACUAAAAGCAUGUCUACAAAUAUUUGUCUUUAAUUCUUAUGUAGCAAGUGAACUACAAACAGGCCUUGUGAGAGUAGGUACAAAGACGCCUACACUGUUUUUGAACUGAAUGUUUUUGAACUGAAUCUUGUUCAGACAAACAAUAAUUUACUCUCCGCUCCCCCUCGGUGACUGAGCACCGUCCCGUUCCUUCGCUGGGUUCAGGAGCUUCUGUAAACAAGCACUUGAUCCAGAUUCAGCUGUUUUGUCACUAUUUGCAGGUUUGAACUGCUGCUGUUUGUUUUUCCACCGGAUCCGAACCGUUGGGAGAUAAGUAUCAACUACUACUCCACAGUGCAGGAUUUAUGUGAUGCGCGUGUAAGUGAAGCUGUGAGUGAGAGUGACAAUGAUGUGAAGUGAUCUGAUCUAGAGAGCAGUGAAUGUGAAACCUCACAGAGCGGGUAUCAUGUGGGUCUGAAGAGGCCCUGCUCACGCCUGCUUCAGUUUGAGGCCGUUGUAUUGAACAGUUGCUGUAACGUGCCUCACUGGUGGAGAGAAACCAGACAGAAGAUGACGGAGCUCGUCCUCCUACCGGCCCUGAGGCACUUUCAGUUAACAGGUAACUGACGCUAGUUACUUUCCUGCGUUGUAUUCCAACUAAAACGUUUGGUUUGUGUACAAGAUUAAAACCUUUAUCAUCCCUUGUUUUAAUUCAACCUCAGGAUCGAGAACAUCAUUACAGCAGCUCUAAUCCACAUCUCCUGGUGAUGUGAUACACACAAGGUUGGGCUUUGUUUCUUUAGGAAAUGUUCAAGAUAAAAGCCAGGUUUCACACUUGGCCUCUUUGAUUUAGCAACAAUAUCCACAUAGUUUGUGUUAGACGUCGCUUCCUUUGUGAGGUAGAAACAGUUGCACAAUUCAUAAGACCAUAGUUAUUGUUAAUUUUUCUUCUUUCUUGUGUUCUUGUAUUAAACACUUUUCAUUCUAAACCAGCGGCUUAAUAUUUUAAAACACCUCAACCAUCACAUUGUAUAAUGAAAGCUAUUCUUUGUCUUGUAGGUGGAUUUCAUGCUGGAUUUCAAACAUCCGUAUUGAACCUUUACUAAGUGAAGACACUAGUGAAUUUAACAAACGGUAGAAGAGUCAUUUCUCGUAGUUGAACCCAGUAGCUAAACGUGCAGAGAGCUGAUUUACACACACUUUACAGAAGCAUAGUUGACACAAAUGUUUCUGUUUGGUUUCAUUUCUCUUUACUCAACUUGUCUUGGCCCGUUUAUAUUUGGCAACAAUUAAGAAUAAACUAUUAAUCAUAUCAGUCCUCACUUUAAACUCAACACUGGUGAUGAUACAUCACAGCAUCAGCUCAUGGUGAUGUAAUAUUCAUUUAAUGGGAAAUAUUGUUAUCUUUCCCAAUAAAUGUGGAUUACGUCACCUAAUUUAGAAUUUGGCAGCAGAUGCUUUUAAAGGCGCUAAGAGUUCUUGCAGGUAAAUAGUUUUGGAUUCUGGCAGGAUUUUGAAUGAAACUUGUCACCAUGAACACUGACAACUCCAGACAUGUGGUACCUGUAUGUGUUUUUUAAGAAGUGAUAAAAUCAAUGUUAACAUGAUGUAAGUGAAACCCACAACGUGUUUCAAAUCAAGUGUUUCCUGAAAAAGGGAAUUCCAGUAAAUGUUCUAACGAGCCUUUCUGUUCGUCGUGUUCAACGCGUGGAGUCGUGGUUUAGACUGAGGGCUGUCAUCUCAUGGGAGCUGAAGCAUCCCAUUCACACCGUGGUGCCACCUGGUGCCCUGAAGCACUGGGUCUCUAUCCCUGUGGCCCCUCUUAUCUCCGGUGUAGUUUGUGUCUGUGCAGGGAGAAGCGUGUGGACCUUGACCCAGACUGGUGCCUUUCUGUGACUGGGACCUCUGCCAGUCUGCAGCGCUGUGUGCACCCUGCCCGCUCCCCAAUACAUUUCUACGCUGGGUUGGGUGCAACGUGCAAUACAAAAUCAUGCCGGUCUUCGACGGCUGCGUGCGUCAUUUAUUGCUGUGCUGAUGUUUUUGAAUCACUGUCACGGUUUGCUCCAUCCCAUCGUCGCUGUCUGAGGCGCUACGUCACUGUCGUCAGCGGCCGUGGCUUCUUAAAGCCUUUCCUCCGCACAGACUUUACUCGCUCCGCACUGAGACGCUCGCUGCCGACCAGACUUUCUUCUGUCAGGAACAUCAACGAGGAUACAACAAUGAAACAGGUUUAUCUGAAGACUAUAACUGGAAAAUAUUUCAUGGUCAGAAAGAUCUCCAAAAAUAACCUGGGGCUGGAAGCUGCUGACCUCCAAAAUGGAGAGCAAGAGAAAGCAUCCACAGCAAGAGUGGAACUACACAGGAAAGAAACCCAGCUGGCCAUCGUUUUCAUUAGGGACCUAGAAAAGUUUUUAUUAACAGUGCAAAAGAAGAGUGAGCAUGAAGUCAACUUGGAGUUGAAGGACGUUACAGAUGGAACAGUCCAAGAAGAGGACCACUGUUUCAAGUGGGAAAACAUGGGAGCUGGUGGCUAUCAGGGCUUGAGCACUGUGGCGAUACCACAGAAGUACAUUUCCAUCUCUCCGGAGGCUGUUGUAGGCCUCACCAGCGAGAUAACACAUUCUGCUCAAGUCAAAGUAGAGGCAGCUUGAUCUUCUCCAACGUGACUCCACGUUUGCCUUUUGCACUUUUGCUUCAGCUACAACUGCACAAUGGAGCUAGUACCAAUGUUCAACAGCUGGAUUUUAGAGCAUUUCCUCUUUUACAUUCUAAAUUGUAAUGAUUUUUAUUUUAUCGAUUGAGGCUUUCAUUAUUCUAUUGCUUGUGAAGUGUAACUUUAACUUUAUGCCCACUUUGUUUCGCAGCCUCAGAUGUUUUCAUGAUGAUUUUCUUAUAAGCCUUUUGCCCUGAUGUGGCAAACUGUGGAAUGUUCUUUAAUGUGAUGUCUGUUUGCUUCAGGAGAUUGUUUACAUUUUAUACUGAAUGAAUUUUAAUGUUUGAGCCACACCAGGACAAUGUUUACUAUCCAUUUCACUGUUCAUGCGCAGCAAUUUUUUUCUUUUAAAUUAAAUCUAAAAGUUGGUGUUCUACUUUUCUGUCUGUCUGACGCUGAAGAAGGUUAAAGUGUAAAAUGUUGACUGUACUGAGCGAAGCUGUCGUCUGCUCCUUUGAUUGUGUUGAGGUCUGUUGGUGCAGGUUUUCCAUCAACACGUGCUUCCUUCAAUUGUGAUUUUAAAUGUUAAUGGUU